AUGAAAUCCUACCAUAUCACACCAGGAAGUCGAGAACUUAAUGGUACCCUCGCCCAGCUAUCUCCGGAAUUAGAAGUGUGCACUAGAAUCGCAGGUUUUCAGAUAAUCCAUCAUUCCUUCCCUUUGAAGCUGAUGGAGUUAAACCUGGUUCACAAGAUGGACAAGAGUUGGAUGAUGAUAAAAGAUAGGUUGAAAAGUAAAGAGUCCCAACAAGGUGUUAAGUCAUUUAUUGACUUUGCUACGAAGGAUUUAGGCCCACACGAUGAAAUACGUUGUCCGUGUGUUGAUUGCUUGAAUGGCACAAAACAUAGUCCACAAGUUGUACGCCUGCACUUAAUUCGAAGAGGAAUUGUGUGUUCUUAUAGAACUUGGGUGCACCACGGGAAACGUGUUCCACUGUGUCAUGAUUAUCCUAGUGCGUCAAACAUUGAUGGUGAAAGAUAUGGAGCUGCAAUUUUUGACAUUGAUGAUAAUUUGGGCGAGUUGCCUACUAUGUUGGAAAAGAUUUACAUGAGUGGCCUCAUGGAUGAUCAUAUCGACGAAUCACCUAAUAGCUCGAAGAGAGAAAAUUUGGUGAAGUUCAUUAGGUUGUUUGAUGAUGCUCGACGUAAAGUGUACCCGGAGUGUGAAAAGUUUUCCGUUUUGUCCUUCGUUAAUAAGAUGCUUCAUAUUAAGGUGUACAAUAAAUGGAGCAACAAAUCUUUCAAUAUGGUUCUGCAAGUUUUGAAAGAAAUUCUCCCAAAGUGUGACGAAACAGUUCCGUGGACCCUUUAUGAAGCAAAAAAGUUCUUACAUGAAUUGGGUUUGGGAUAUGAGACCAUUCAUGCAUUUAAGAAUGAUUGUAUUUUGUUUUGGAAGGAUAAUGCGAAACAGGAGAAUUGCCUUACAUGUAAGGAGUCUAGAUACAAGUUCAACAAUCAGAGUGGUAAAAAGAUUCCUCACAAAAUUUUGAGGUACUUUCCUUUGACAUCGAGGUUGAAGCAUUUGUACAUGUCGAAAAAAAUUGCCGCAGAUAUGAGAUGGCACAAAGAGAAGUGUGUGGAUGAUGGAGUGUUAAGGCAUCCAGCUGAUGGUCAGACAUGGAAGGACUUUGAUAUGCAGUAUCCUAAGUUUUCUGUGGAACCCCGACAUGUAAGGUUAGGGCUUGCCACGGAUGGUUUCAACCCGUUUGGAAAUAUGAGCACAUCGUACAGCAUGUGGCCCGUACUGUUAAUGCCUUACAAUCUUCUCCCGUGGAAAUGUAUGAAAGAGCCAUAUCUGAUGAUGUCAAUGCUUAUUCCCGGUCCAUCCUCUCCUGGAAGAGGCAUCGAUGUUUACUUGCAACCAUUAGUGGAGGAGUUAAAGAAUUUGUGGGAGCAUGGUGUGCAAACAUAUGAUGCCACAAUCGGUGAAAUAUUUACAAUGCAUGUAGCAGUCAUGUGGACCAUCAAUGACUUCCCCUCAUAUGGUACCCUCUCUGGUUGGACUACAAAAGGUUACUUGGCUUGCCCUAAUUGUAACAUGGAUGCAUCAUCUCAGCGUCUGCGAAGUAAGAUAGGGUAUAUGGGUGCCCGCUGGCACUUGCCCGAGAACCAUAUUUGGCGAAGAAGUAAGCUCUUCAAUGGUCAGAACGUGCAUCGGUCCAAACCUUGGAGUUAUCGGGAGAAUAAAUAUUGCAGCAAAUUGAUUCGGGGACAUAUAGGUUGUAUGUUUCGGCACAACCUUGAUGUCAUGCACAUAGAGAAGAACAUAUGUGACAAUCUGGUUGGGACACUACUAAGCAUUGAUGGCAAGAACAAGGACACGGAUAAAGCCCACUUGGAUCUAGAAGACAUGCGGAUACGCAAGGAGUUACACUUGAAGAGGCGUUCCAAUGGCUCAUUUGAGAAGCCUCCGGUAUCGUACAUAUUGUCCCCGGUAGAGCGACAAGGCUUUUGUGAUUUCUUGAAAUUGAUUAAGUACCCUGAUGGCUAUGCAACAAAUAUAUCCAGUUGUCUCACCGCUCAAGGUGGAAAAUUAACUGGCCUCAAAACUCAUGACUGUCAUGUCCUUCUACAAUGA